ACCACCAGAUUCCAAUUAAUUUUCAUUUCGGGCUUUCGUUUGAGUUUCAAUUUUUUCCUGAGAAAAUUAUAUGUUUCUUUUUACUUAAACAAGAGAGAUUUACGAUGAAUCUAUCGGAUCCGUCGUCGGAGUUACUAGCAGCGAGUGGCGGCGACACCGUGAAGAUCUUCGACAUUAAGCUCGAACCGAACGAUCCUUGCGUUUUGACUUACUCGCCUUCUCCGAGUUGCGUUGUCAACUCGGUUAAGUGGAACCACACUAAUUUAGUGGUGGCGAGUGCUGGAGAGGAUAAGAAGAUAUCCUUGUGGCGGAAAAAUGGGCAGAGGAUUGGGACAAUUCCGGUUGAUGGGAGUAAUAGUGGAGAUAACAUUGAGGAGUCUAUUUUAGCUAUUAGCUUUAGCAACAAGGGAUCCAGAUACAUAUGUUCAGGGGGAAGUGGUCAAGUUGUAAGAAUAUGGGAUUUGCAGCGGAAGCGUUGCAUCAAAUGGUUAAGGGGUCAUACCAGCUCAAUAACAGGUGUAAUGUACAACUGCAAAGACGAGCACUUAGCUUCCAUCAGCCUUAGUGGGGAUCUAAUACUUCACAACCUUGCUUCUGGGGCAAAGGCUGCUGAAUUAAAAGAUCCUGAUGCACAGGAACUAAAGGUGCUUGAUUAUUCGCGGAUUAGUCGACACAUUUUAGUGACUGCAGGUGAUGAUGGAUCUGUCCAUUUAUGGGAUACCACUGGUCGUAGCCCUAAGGUUUCUUGGUUGAAUCAGCAUUCUGCUCCCACAGCUGGCAUUAGUUUCUCACCCUCCAAUGAUAAGAUAAUUGCUAGUGUUGGGUUGGAUAAGAAGCUAUACACUUACGAUUCAGGGUCUAGAAGACCAUCAGCUUUCAUUUCAUACGAGGCACCUUUUUCUUCACUGGCAUUUAGAGAUGAUGGUUGGACACUGGCAGCUGGCACCGGUAAUGGUAGAGUGGUAUUCUAUGAUAUCAGGGGAAAACUACAGCCUUUCACUGUUCUUCGUGCUUAUAGUAGUUCAGAGGCUGUUUCAAGUUUAUGCUGGCAAAGAUCAAAACCAGCCAUUGUUAAUGAGACUACUUGCACUGCUGAGACUGCUCUUUUGGGAGGUGCAAUGGAGGAUUCAGUUCUUAUGCCCGACCCACUUCCAUCUGUGACAUCAUCAAGCCUUUCAUUAUCCACAGCAGUUUCUGGUUCUCGUACCACUGGCCGUGCAGGUCCUGCAGCAGUAUCUUCUCUUACUAGUAGUACUAGAUCAGUGUCAGGCUCACUCAAUCUGUCCUCUUCUCUUGACACACCAAUUAGAAGCCAUCUGUGGACAGGCGGAACACUGACAAGAUUGCAAGCUCCUCGUUCUACAUUCAAUUUCAAGGAUGAUAUGGAGGUAUUCUCCCCUCUUGUGGAUAUUCAUCCGAUUACACCCUCACUGGAUAAGCUGUGGGAUGGUCACGAUGGUGCAAAGAAAGAGCACCUACCCGCUGAUAAGAAGCCUUCCUCCGUGAUGUUUCCGUCUAGCAGGAGGUUCACUUUUGCUGAUGAUGGAGCCAGUGAUCAUCCAGUACUUGAUUGGAAGUCCAGUUCAAUGUCUCAACAGGAUGACACAAAGUCUUUUACAGCAUUGGGAUCUACCCCUGCACCAUCUUCCAAGAGUGAAGAGACUUCCAUCACUCCUCCAGAAGCUUGGGGUGGUGAGAAGAUGUCCGAUAAAUUUAGUCACCUUCGCCAGCUGCCAUCUCGUUUUGGGAUGCCAGCUUCUGGUGGUCUGACAACAAGCUCUAUAUAUUCCGGACAAGAUCAAUCUUCAUCGCUCAGUCAAGCAAGUAUUAGCUCGGUAACAGCUUCUAACCUGAGCUAUGAAAAUCUGCGCACUAGAGACGUUUCAUCAAAUCAGGAGACCUCAUUGGGAUUACCUGAGCACUUCUCCUCAAGCUCCAUGUCUGCUUUAGCUUUUGGUUCAAAAGGCACUACCGGAGCUGGCAGCCUUGACUCACCAAAACUAGCAUCUUUUGCACUGCCUCGAAGGUUUUCAACAUAUGCCGAGAGAAUUAGUACUACAUCCGCUUUCAGUGACGGAACAUCCCAUUUGGUGGCUUCUCCGAAAACAAAGAAAACAGGAACUGAAACCAGGGAAGAGCUGUUUAACAGCCUGUUAUCGAGGUCCGAUUCAUUGAUUGCAGCGGAAUCGGGAGUUCUUCCAGCUAUGAAUGGAGGAACAUUACAACACCACAAAGCUCCUCAACAAGAUCCCCAACAAGGAAGUAACUUCACUCUUCAGCUAUUUCAACGUACUCUCGAAGAAACCCUCGAUUCAUUCCAGAAAUCCAUUCAUGGAGACAUGAGGAACCUACACAUUGAAAUAUUACGACAAUUUCACAUGCAGGAGACGGAGAUGUCCCGUGUGAUGAGCUCCAUGUUACAGAACCAGGCUGAACUGAUGGAAGAGGUCAAGUCUCUCCGGAAAGAAAAUCAGCAGCUGCGUCAAUUGCUUUAAGUGCCUGACUAAACAGCAUUCCCAUGUCAGGUCUCUAUAAUAUUAUAAUUAGCUUCCCGACAAAUGGUUUCCAAUCCCCUACAAUUCGAGUUAAAGCGCGAGAAGGUCCCAUGGUGGAUAUGGGGUCAACGAUGGAUGCAUUCAGCUUGACACACGUUUUCGGCAAUGGUCUUUGGUUCAUCUGAUAAUUCAUACAUGCACUUCCCAUGACUGGUCAGACUCCAGUACGCCAAAAUUUGGUAAAAAUGGAUGGGAAUCAAACAAUCAGUCAACG